AUGACAGAAUUUGAAUUAAAAGCGGGUUUAGCUCAAAUGCUUAAAGGUGGUGUCAUAAUGGAUGUGACUACACCGGAAGAAGCAAUCAUUGCAGAGAAAGCGGGGGCAGUGGCGGUUAUGGCAUUGGAGAGAGUUCCAUCUGAUAUUCGGAAGGAAGGAGGCGUUGCUCGUAUGUCGGAUCCCAAGAUGAUCAAAAAAAUCAUGGAAUCAGUUUCCAUUCCAGUUAUGGCCAAGGUUAGAAUCGGCCACUUUGUGGAAGCACAGAUCUUAGAGGAGUUGGGGGUAGACUAUAUUGAUGAAAGUGAGGUUCUUACUGUUGCCGAUAGGGUGAAGCACAUUAAGAAGAGUGAGUUCAAAGUCCCAUUUGUUUGUGGGUCAAAGGAUCUCGGUGAAGCACUUAGAAGAAUAAGUGAAGGUGCAGCAAUGAUUAGAACCAAGGGUGAGGCCGGUACUGGUGACAUAAGUGAGGCUGUAUUCCACAUCAGCAAAAUUCAAACUCAAAUUGAAGAAUUGCUUACAGAUGCAAACGACGAAACCAUCUCAAAAUAUGCUGCGGAAUUCAGAGUUGAUGAGUCGAUUAUCAAGAAACUUGUUGACAAUAACGGCAAGCUUCCUGUUGUUAAUUUCGCCGCAGGUGGUAUUGCGACACCGGCAGAUGCUGCCCUUUGUAUGCAGAUGGGCUGUGACGGUGUUUUCGUUGGAAGUGGUAUUUUCAAAAGUUCAAACCCAGAAGCUGUUGCUAAAGGUAUCGUCAAUGCUGUCAACCAUUACAACGAUAAAAAGGUGUUGCUUGAAGCUUCUACUGGUUUAGGCAAACUCAUGUUUGGUGUUAACGCAACUACCUUAAAGGAUAGUGACAAAUUGGCAACUAGAGGCUGGUGA